AUGACCGCGUAUGAUGACAACAUCAGCAGCUGCAGUAUGCCACCAAACCAGUUUAUCAAUAACGAAGCCCCUCUGCGAUCCGAGGAGACCCCGGAAGAGAUCGAGUACAUCAACGGAAUUCGCGCUGAUCCAUCGCGCAUCGACCUUUACAAGAAGCUCGGGAGCAGUCUUUACGACCGUGGGGCCUUGGCCGAGUCUGCGAAGAUCUACGAGGCGGCUCUGCGGGUGAGACCCAGCGACGCGUCGCUGCGCUUCAACCUGGCGGUUCUUUCGCAGGAGUUGCAGGAGCCAGAGACAGCGGCACGGCACUACGCAGAAGCCUUGCGUCUUCGGCCGGAGCUGCUGCCACAAGCCGCCAGCGACUUUGGGGCGCUGCUGACGCAGCUUGGGAGGUAUGCGGAGGCCGAGUGGUAUCUAACCCGGGGGCUGACAGCUGCCCCGGAUGCCUACAUCCUUUACACCCUCUCUGUGGUCCUCUGGAAGCGCGGGGACCUGGACGCUUCAGAGCAGCGGCUCCUCGAGGCCCUGGCUGCAGACCCGCACGUGGCCUCGCAGGAGCUGCGGCCCGAGCCAGCCCGGGCCUUUCCUUUGCCGACCUCGCCAAGGGAGCUCCGGCAGCUGCUCACGGAGGUGUGCGCUUGCCGAGGCGAGCAUCAGCCCAAGGCCGCCUGUUCAGAGGAGCUGGAGUUCGAGCUGCUGGGUCUCGCUGCGGAGGCCCCGGCUGAGGCCUGGGAGGGCCUGGCCCUGGAGGUCCGAGGCCACCUCGAAGCAGAGGAGCGAAGUCGUUGUGGUGGUUUCGUGCCGCGGCGCUCCGAGAUCAUCGAUGGGAUCGUACCCCGGGGAUCCCUGAUGAAGCUGCGCAUCCUGGAGAACAAGCGUUUUCUAUUUCAGGUGGUCUCAAACUGGACAGGCUCCUUCGAAGAUUCGUGCAGAAUCGCAGGGUCCGAAGUGCUGGUCCAGACCUGGGUGAUUGCAAACGCCUCGAGGAAAGCAGAAAGCCUGGCUGACAUCUGUACGGAGAUCUUGCAGUGGCCACCAGGUCGUCGGCAGCUCGUGGUGAAGCCUGUUGACAUGGCCUUUGCCAUCGGCACGACUCUUUGGAACCUUACUGGGCAGGUUGGACUAACGCAGGCAUCCUGCCAAGAAAGCUUUCCAACAAGCCUAGCCGGAAUGGACGCAGGCCGGCAACUUCGAAGACAGGAUACGAUCAUGGUCCAGCAGUUCGUCCAGAGCUGGCAGCUGAAAAAUCGAAAGCUUGAACUCCGAGCACACUUGCUGAUUGCAUCUGCAGACCCGCUGAUUGUCUUCUGGGACAGGGAUCUUCUCUUCAAGUGGGGCACUGUGCCUCUGCCUGAGGGAUGGGUGCUGAGUGGACCAUCGCAAGAACGCGAGGUAUCUGUGCAGGCUUCUGAAGAUCUCAGCUUCGGGUCUGGCCGUUGUCCUGGAGGCAUUCAGGGCUGCUACAAGCGGACGGCUGACCUGGUGUCCUGGACGCAGAGUUCCGACUGUAGCAGUUAUGAUUCCAGGUGGAGGUUAGGGGUGCAAGCUCAGGGGUUCUCUGGCACCGCAGAUGGAUCACAUUCAAAGGGUGAUCGUUUGCCCAAGGGGCCAACUGACCCGCCGAAUUCGUGGGAAAUCAUCGGGGUCGACUUUGCCUUGGAGCAGUCGGAUGCCCUGCGUGUGGACGCGAAGGUGCUGGACUGGAACUACGGACCAGGACUGGCCUUUGGUCGGCAGCUGAAGAACGGCCAGGCGAAGACGCUCGCCUUCCUGCAGGAGGCGUACCGACUUCUACACCAACUACACAGGCUACGGGGAACGGGUGGGCCAAGCGCCCGGCGGCAGCAGAUGCCCCCGUCGCGCCUCGAGGUCCUCUUCGACGACUCGGGCGAGAGGCGGCCACCCGCUUGGCACGGGGCUCGGUAG